AAAGCAGAGAGGAGGCGGAGGGACGCAGCACGCACGGCGGCGGGAGGAGACGUUCCUCCGGUGUCUCUGCAGCAGCGGCCAUGCUGCUUCUCUCGGUGCAUCCCGGUCCUCCGCCGGUGUAGCUGCCGCCGCCGCCUCUCUCUAUCCCGGUUAACGGAGCGGCCAGGCACGGCUCGGUUCGGCUCGGCUCGGCCCGCCUGGAGCCUCCGGAUCCACGGACACAUACCGGAGAAGAGGCUCCGCAGCGACAGACCGGUUCAGCGGCAUUCCCGGUAGGAGCCUCCCUGAGCGGCGGAGUCUGUCUGGGCGGAGGGAUGGACGAUUAGUGGCGGGUUGGAACCGACCAGCUGAUCUCUGCAGCAGAACACCGGUAACGGUCCAGUCAGGGAGCUGAAGGUUACUGCAGGGACACGACCUGAAUCCAGGAGGCUCAGCUGAGACCUGGACCAGAACUGGAUCUCAGGAUCUUCAGCUCUCCAUCACUGAGGUUCUGCUUGUGCAUUUACAAGAAGCUGGUCUGAUCUGGGCUCCAACUGUCCUGGUUCCGGUGGGGAUUACUAUGGAAGUCUACUGACCUUUAACCAGAGUGUAAAAUAUUCUGGUUCUGGUCCAACAACCUUCCAUUGGGUCCAAGAGGAAGUCUUCAUUUUAAGGAUUGAACGAACCAGAACCCAUCUGGACCUCUGUACUGGGAUGGAUCUUCUGUAAAAGUCUGAACACCAACAACCAUCAUGUCUCUGAGUAAGACCCUUGAGUUGGAGCAUUUCGACGAACGCGACAAGGUCCGGCGAGGCCGCUCCACCCGGACCAAGAGGGAUGACUCCACCGGCAGCAUGGGCGGAGGUUCUGGUCCCAGCUCCAGGGGCAGCAGCCUGGUUCCCAGUCCGGCCCACAGCGCCAACUGCAGCUACUACCGGACCAGAACCCUGCAGGCCCUCACCUCGGAGAAACGGGCCAAGAAGGUCCGCUUCUACCGCAAUGGGGACCGGUACUUUAAAGGCCUGGUGUACGCCGUGUCCAGCGACCGGUUCCGUUCCUACGACGCCCUGCUGAUGGAGCUGACCCGAUCCCUGGCUGACAACCUGCACCUGCCUCAAGGUGUCCGAACCAUCUACACCAUCGACGGCAGCAGGAAGAUCAGCAGCAUGGACGAGCUGGUGGAAGGUGAGUGCUACGUCUGCGCCUCCAAUGAACCCUACCGGAAGGUCGACUACACCAAGAUCAGCAUUCCCAGCUGGAAGCCCGGCGCCGCCAGCGGUACCGGUGCUGCCGGAUCCACCCGGACCUCCACGGCGUCGGCGGGCGUGUCGACCAGCAGCUCCGCCUCUAAAGAGCGACCGGAGAGCCGGGAGGGUCGGGAGAGCAAAGACUUCAUCAAACCCAAGCUGGUGACGGUGAUCCGCAGCGGGGUGAAGCCUCGGAAGGCCGUCCGGAUCCUCCUGAACAAGAAGACGGCUCACUCCUUCGAGCAGGUUCUGGCAGACAUCACCGAGGCCAUAAAGCUGGACUCUGGAGCCGUGAAGAGGCUCUAUACUUUGGACGGAAAGCAGCUGACCUGUCUCCAGGACUUCUUCGGGGACGAUGACGUCUUCAUGGCCUGUGGUCCAGAGAAGUUCAGAUACGCUCAGGACGACUUUGUUCUGACGCACAGCAGCAAAACUCAGGCCUUCGUCAACGAGUGCAGAGCGAAGUCGACCCGAUCGGCGGCUCCUCAGAAAACUCCAAAAACUCCGAGCGGCUCCGGACUGUCCUCCUCCAGAACUCCUCCCAGAGGCCCGACCAGGACCAAGUCACCGGGUCCAGCCAAUGAGGCGUCAGGAUCCCAGGGGGGGAAGUCGUCCAGAUCCAGUCCGACUCCCAGCAGCCCCGGGUCACGAAGAAGCCUCAAGAUUUCUCCUCGUCGAACUUCUUCCACUGAUGUUAACGGAGAAGCUGAGCAGCCAGACGACGCUGUAGAAGUGAAUGGAAACCGAUCAGUUUCUUCCUCCAUCAUCAACGACAAAUACAAGGUCGGAAAAGUGAUCGGAGACGGAAAUUUCGCUGUGGUGAAGGAGUGUGUGGAGAGGUCGACUGGUCAGGAGUUUGCUCUGAAGAUCAUUGAUAAAGCUCGUUGCUGUGGGAAGGAACACCUGAUAGAGAACGAGGUGGCCGUCCUCAGGAGAGUCCGACAUCCGAGCAUCAUCCAGCUGAUCGAGGUGGACGAGACGCCCAGUCAGCUCUUCCUGGUCAUGGAGCUGGUCAAGGGCGGCGACCUGUUCGACGCCAUCACUUCCUCCACCAAGUACAGCGAGAGAGACGCCAGCGCCAUGGUGUUCAACCUGGCCGGAGCCGUCAAAUACUUGCACAGGAUGAACAUCGUGCACCGAGACAUCAAACCAGAGAACCUGCUGGUGUGUGAGUAUCCAGACGGCACUAAGUCUCUGAAGUUGGGGGACUUUGGUUUGGCGACGGUGGUUGAAGGUCCUCUGUACACCGUAUGUGGAACACCAACCUAUGUCGCCCCGGAGAUCAUCGCUGAGACCGGUUAUGGUCUGAAGGUGGACAUCUGGGCGGCUGGAGUGAUCACAUACAUCCUGCUGUGUGGGUUUCCUCCGUUUAGAAGUGAGAAUAACGUCCAGGAGGAGCUGUUCGAUCAGAUCCUCAGAGGGAAGCUGGAGUUUCCAUCUCCAGACUGGGACACAAUCAGCCUCCCAGCAAAGAUGCUGAUUAGUCAGAUGCUGCAGGUGAACGUUGACGCUCGAUUCACUGCCGAGGAGGUUUUGUCUCACCCCUGGGUGACGGAUGAGGCCCCUGUGGACUCAAACACUGUGAGCAGCACUGAAGACCAGCCCAGUGGAGACACACUGGAACCAGAGCAGGAAUCCCCCAUACUGGAAACCAAACAGGUUCCUUCACCUCUGGUCUAAAACAUCCCCGUCCAUCAGCUGGAAACCUAACAAUCUUCAUCUGGUCAACUAGGAACACGGAAAGUUUACGCCAUCUGGUCUGGACUGGAAACCAGACCAGUUCCUUCUAAUCUGGUCUAGAUUCAGUUGUAUGAACCAGAUUAGUUUUGUCUUCUGGAAGCCAACAAGUCCAACAUGAUCCAGUCUAGGAAGAACCUGGUUCCUUCUACUGCAAACCAAACAAGUUGCCUCCAGUCUGAUGUUGAAUGUUCUGCGCUUUUUACCGGAAACCAAACAAGUUCCUUCACUCCCUUCUAUCGGCUAGAAACAGAACCUAACCUCUUCUCAUUUGGUCUCCUUGUAACCUAGAAAGUUCCAACCAUGUCUGACCUGGACUGAAAACCAGAGGAGUUCCCUUUAAUUCAGUCUAGAACCUGUUCUAACGACUCCUGUCCAGAACACGGCCUUUAGGAAACCAGAUUAAUUUAUGUCCUGGAAGCCAACAAGCCAAACCAGUCUUGGACAGAACCUGUUUCAUUGACUGCAGACCAAACCAGUUCCCUCCAUUCUGAUCUUGAAUGUGCUUCUGUAUCUACUGGAAACCAAACAAGUCACUUCCUUUGUUCUUGUUCCAUUUCACCUUCCUGAAACUGAGAGAACAUCUCUGUUUGAUCAUCUGAUCCAGAAAACGUGUCAGUUUCUUUAACUGGAAACCAAACCAAACACGUAUCAAAGAGUCUCGUUCCUUCUUCUGGAGACCAAACCAGUUUCCUCCUAUUUGAUCUAAAACACGUCCAGUUCAAUCUAACCAAUACCAAACCCCUGAACGCAUCGACACGAAACCAAACACAGACCCUCAGGACAUUUUAUCUUCGACAUAUUGGACUAGUUCUAUCUCCAGAGAUCUAGAAUCCACCCUGAACAGAAAUGUUCUUGAAAAAGUAGUCUAGAAAAUGUUCUCUUUUCUGCGACACAAGUUUUUGUACCCCUGGUCCAGAACGUGUGUUUCUACUACAAGAAACAAACUAGAACCAGUCACACUUUAACCACUAGAAACCCAACAAGUUCCUUCAAAUCUGAUCUAGAACAUCUCGACUUUUAUUUAUUCGCAAUCAAACAAAUUUCCUAAAACCUUGUCUAGAACCAGUCACACUUCAAUCAGUAGAAAUCAAAUAAGUUCCCUUGGGAUUGGUCUAGAACACUGUAACUUUCAUCUAUUAAAAGAACCAAACCAGGUUCCCUUAAAUCGUGUCUAGAAUACAACCACAUUCACCCGACUGGAAAACAAACAGGUUCCAUGAAGUUUGGUCCAGAACACACCGUCCUUUAUCAGCUGGAGGAUAAAGUUCCCUUAAACCUGGUCCAGAAUGCAGAUCCUUUUAUCUUCUGGAAACCAAACACAUCUGAUCUAGAAUACGUUCCCUUUCAUCAACUGGAAUCUAAACAAGUUCCCCACAGUCUGGCCCAGAAUAGAACCUGUUAAAUCCUGGAAACCAAAUAAGUUCUUCAGAGUUCUGUCUAGAAAACAUACCAUUUUAUCUCCUGCAGACCAAACCAGUCCUGCUCCUCUGAUCUAGAUUAUCUCCCAAACCAAACAAGUUCCCUGAACUCUGGUCUAGAACACAUUCCCUUUCUUUUACACUUGGGCUAUUUAGGUUCCUUCUCUUUGGACUUUAAAGGGAACGUUUCCUCCUAUCUCUGGAUGCAGAUUGUUCUAUCUACUGGAAACAGAUCAGAUCUCCUGAAAACCGUUCUGGACCAUCUAAAUCUAUUGAAAACGUUCAUAGAGCCUGUUUCUGCUGCUGCUGAGCUCCAUUUUGAUUUGGCGAGACGCUGAUGACAUCACGUCCCGGUUACUUGAAGGACUCUGGGAUGAAGGUGCUGCUGGACUCGUCCAGAAUCACAGACCUGGGCCGUUGCUUCCUGAAAACGGCCUUUUACCUCUGAAAACACUUUAACAGAACAAACCAGGAGACCCACCUCCAGACGUCCCUCUGGUUCAGGGACAGGCCUCUCUGCCGAGGCCUCCAGGAUGUCUUCCAUUAGUUCUGGGAAACGUCCCACUUCUUCUGCCUUUCACCUCCAGUUCACCUUCUGCUGGCCCGAAGGACGUUCCUCUUUGUUCUACCCAACAGCGACUGAGGAGAAGAUCCAGUUCUGUGCCUGUUUACGCUGCUGAUUAGUUCCUCUUCAAACCCUGUAUCUCAGAACUUCUUAUUCACCGUCUGGAGACAAAAGGCUCAUUGUUUCGGAGUUUUAAAGGUGAAUUUUGCUGAACAUGUAAUUGGUUGUUCUUCUCUCAGUUUGGUCAUUUUCAAUACAAAUUCAUGGAACUUCAAUUCUUUAACACAUUCAAUUAGAGCACUUCAGAUUUGUUGGCACAGAUUUGUCAAAACAGAUUCUCACCUUUAUUUUUUCAGAAGAACAUUCUACAUUAAGACUAAAACUCCAAACAUUGAGCCGUAGUCAUCGACUUGUCUCGACCCUCUGUCGGCUUCGUCACUGUUUCUCAAACUAAUAGACUUCAAACCUCAAACGUCCAUAAACUGUUUCCUGAAGCAGUUCCAGUCUGGAUCCUCUGCUCGGUUUACAGCAGCGUACGGAGGAUAAAAUGUGCUGUAAAUAGUGUAAAUAUCACUCUGUGUGUCGGUGUCUGUCUGUGUGAGUCUGUUGUGAAGUAGGAAACAGUAGCAGUUUGGGAAAAAAAUAAUGAAAAGAAACAAUCUCAUCGUGGACAUGUGGUGUCAGCACCCAAAACAAACCUUGUCUACUAAAAAUACAAGAUUUUCCACAUUGAUAUGAAAACAUUUUGACAUUUUAAAAGGUAUUUUCAAGAGUUAGCUACUUAUUAAAUUAAAUAAAUGUGAGAUUCAAGGUUUCUGCAGGGUGUUGAUCAACUGUAAUGAAAGAGUUCUUACCUUAAGUUCAGAGCCGGAUGGAUCUCUUUCUUUAUGAGGUCACACGUCUAUGACGUCCACCAAUCAUACGCUCCAUCCACAUCAUCUGUCUUGUUCUGGUUGUCCGUUGCUGAAAGUGAAGGAAAGCUGAGUGUGAAUCGGUGUGUUUGGGCAGCUGUAUGGAUUUAAUGUGGAAAGUAUGAGGUUAACGCGUGAGUUUGGCGUGUUACUUUCUGUAAAACUUGAACAGAAGUGUGAGUCGUCACCUGGACUGAUGCAGUGUUGUGACUUUACCGACCCUCGAACUCACCCGUCCAUGGCCUUGACCUUCGGCUGCAGCCGCUGGUUCAGGGUUUGGCUGAACCUGACCAACAAAACUACGGAUCAAAAUGGCUGCCGACUGAUUUUCUGUCCAUCAAGUAACUGACUUUACAAGAUACAAACGGAAAAAUGUUGAACCACUCAGAUGUUGAAAAGCUGAAUACAUUUUGUCACUUUAAGUUAGGAAAACAAAAUAAAUCUGAAUCAGGUUUAUUCAAGAACUAUAACUAGGAAUGGCCUUAUCAAAUUCUUUUGACCUCAAUCCGAUCCGACUUAUUUAAUAUUUAGUAUCUGCCGGCAAGUCAAUUUUCGCCGUAAGUCAGAACUCCGGUAAAAAUGUAAACAAAGCCGUUAAGUGCAUCAAUAUAUCGAUCAGUUCUUUGGAAAAGUCAUGAAAACCAACAACUGUCAUGCAUAUUUGAAUCAUUUUACAAUAAGAUAACAGAAUAUGUUGCACAGUUUUUACAACUUUAUCUAAUAAUGCUGAUGUUGGUCGGUGUUUGACCCUGUUCUCAGCAUUUUAUUCUGUCUAAUUUCACUUCCAUGGAGACGGCUUUCCUUUUCUUCCAAGCAUCAGAAGAGUCUGACUCAUGCUGGGAGCCAUAAUGAAGGGCAAAAAGUUAGUAAAUGUAGCACAAUCCAAGGUGGAGUACAACUGGAGAAUGGAAACAAAGCUGUGUUAUAGCGCCACGUGACAACGUAUUCAUCCACUUCACUCGUAAAACUAGUUCCACGUAACUAGUUCCAACAUAAAGAUGAAACGUCGUAGGUCGAGGACGUCGUAAACCGAGGACCUCCUGUAUUGUGGAUGAGCUGUAGGACUUGGCUGCACCACCAGGGGGCUCUCUAAUACUGUAACGACUAGAGGAUGUGGACAGUUCCAUGUCAACAGAAAUCACUGUGGACAUUUGGCCAGUAAAGGUGAAACAUGACAAGUCUUCUGUGACACUAAAUGACCUCCAGCUAGUGCACAUAAUGGCUUUUUUUCCCCCAACAACAGAACCACUGAUAGAUGUUUGUCAGCCAAGAACACACAAACAUAAACACAAACCAUCCUGCAGCCAUGUAUGUAUUACCACUAAUGAUUACGACAGUAUUACUAGCACAUGAAGAUACAUUUAGCAUGUUGCUAACAAGCUAAACCCCCUCACCUGGACCUUCAGCAGCAGCCAAACCCUCCAGCAGCGGCUCGGCCUCUGACCUUCUAUGCCUGCUAUGAACCCAGUGGUCUUAAUUCUUUUCUCUUUGCUUUAUACCAAACCAAGAGGAGCCUUCUGUUGAUGCCGUCAGUGCUGCAGCCUUCCAGGUCCAACCAGCAUCUGUUAGUUUUAACUGUUAAAAGUACGAUGGCGGCUUAGCAAGUUUUAACCCAAAUUUAUCUGCUGUUUGUUCAGAUCCUUCAAGAUUAAUUUCUUUGUUCUAUUAGGCAAUAAAAACAACUUUUGUGAAAUUAAUAACCAAUAUUGCUUGGUCAAAAUAUUGUUUCUUGUGCAGAUUAAGAAACUUGGUGCAUUCAAAAACACUGAGAAUCUCAGUACUACUUGGCACAGCGGAUAACUAAUCCAGUGUAUCGGUAUUUUAUUUUCAUUGUAAACUGAGCUGCUGGUUUAGUGGAAGCCGACGUAAGUGAUGGCUUCAGUUGGACCUGGGCGGCUGCCAUCACUGUGUGUGAAUGUGUUUUUAUCCGAUGCAGAGUGUAUUUGAUCAUUUCCCAUCAUGCCUCAUUGUAGACAGGAACUGAUUUUUUUAGUAUGUGCAGUAGACAAACUAGGAUUGAACCAAACUGGGCUGGUUUUCCUCAAACGGAUCUCUGAGGUUGGUUUACAUUCAGUCAGCUAAAGUUAGCAAACAGCUAAAGAUGACAAAGAUUAUAAGUAUUUAUUUUAGAGACAAUCCAUCAGCUGAAGAGCUUCGACUGAAACCCUCAGCCUUGACUCUGGUAGCCAACGAGCUUUACUGUGGAAAAACCAAUUAAUCACCACGUGUUUCUGGUCCUGACCUGAUUGGAGUCAUUUAAUAUUAAGUUUCAGCUCACAAAGAGUCCUAAUGUAGUUCUGUUUUUUUUUAAAUAAGUAGACAAGCUUCAUUCGAUCAUUGACUGAAAAUACUGCAGUCAAGAAAAUGAUGGGGUUUAGCUAGCAAUGGGCACCAUGACAAACACUUAUGCGACAAAUAAUGACCUCCAAUUAGAGCUCAUAUGUUUAGAACAAAAUGGGACCAACUAGGAGAGAGUUCCCUGAUCCCAGCUUGUCUUAAAAUAUUAAGGUAAUUACUUCAAAUUAGGACCCUUAAAGUUCUGCCACAAACUUUAUGACACCUGUAUGACAGGAAACUAAGGUUUCAGAUUUGACAGUAGCCUCGAUCUCUGAGGUCAGAUCAGACAUCAAUGCUAGUAAACGUUCUUUCUUUGAAUCUCAAAGCUGUUUCUGUUACAUGUAGCAAAGAUUAACGAUGUCUGCUGAGUUCCUUUCUCUUGGAGAUGCGUUGAGGAAAACUAGUUCUGCUUGAGGUGGGAGGAGUGUUUGGAGAACACGCUGUAGACAUGUUUUAAUGCUAACGAUGAUCUGUAACGUGAUGUGUGUUGAUAUGAAACAUGUAUGUUUGCUGGGAUCGGGGUGGACGAGACAACCCCUGAUGUGUAUCCAGACAAGAUGAAUUCAACUGUGAAAAUAAAACUAAUGCAGUCGAA